UUUGUAUACACUGUACUGCAGCUAUGUCAAAUUUUUUAUUAUAUUGCUGUUUGAUACAACACUAAAGUUGUUUUGUAUAUAAUAAAUAACAAAUUGUAAGUUAUUUUUAAUUCAUUCGUGGUGAUGAUUGAAAUAACUAACCAUUUUGAUUGCGGUUACCACUUCAUGUUCUCUAUUUUUUCGAAAUACCUCUUUGUACAGUAGAUUUCGUCGAACGAAUGAAGACAGACGAACUUCAGAAUAAACUCAAAGAAUGCGUGUUUUGUAGAGACGAACAAAUAGAAAAGCUUGUUUCAUUGCUGUUUAAUGAUGAUUGUAACGUCCCUUCUUUAAUACUGUACGGAGUCUCCAGCACGGGAAAAUCAUAUCUCUUGAGUCAAGCCUUAAACUUAUCUAAUAAAGAUGUUAUUUGGAUUAAUUUAAAGACAUGUUUCACUACGCCCUUAUUGCUGUAUAGAAUCCUUACACACGCGGGCGUUGACCAGGACCUUGCAUAUAAAAAAGGAACCCAAGUUAGUGGAUUCAUACAUCUUUUGCAACAAAAUAUUUCAAAAAAUAAAAAUCAUGUUUACCUCGUUUUAGACCAGAUUGAUCAGUUCUCAGAGAUAUCACCAAUCCUUUUCUCUAUGUUUGCUGAUUUAGCGCUUAACACAAAUCUCGCUAAUCUGUCGGUGGUAUUAACUCUUUCAACGCAUCCUGCACAAUACAUUGGUACACUUGCUGUACCUAUAAUUUUUUUCCCGCAAUAUAUGAAAGAUGAAAUAUUAGAGAUUUGUCAAAAUACGCCUCCUAUUUUGGAUUUUAUUGAUGAGACAGGCGAAGAAACAUUCGAGGAUGAAAUAGAAUUAAGUGUUUGGAUGCAAUAUUGUGGGUUUCUAUGGAAUGUUUUUGGCUCUCAUUGCCUUAAUAACUAUCGAGCUUUUCGAGAUGUGGUGGAUCUUCACUGGCCUCAAUUUGUACAGCCUAUUGUCAAGGGAAAUGUUCACCCCGCUGACUAUGCCCAGCUUCAUAAAUUAGCAAAGCAUGCUUUAACUUCUGAUCUUACGGUUAGCCGUCGUUUGCACAUUAUAGAACCCACAAAGAUUAAAUACAUGCAUGAUGCCAAAUCUGUGGACCUACCUCUCUUAACUAAAUAUCUUCUAAUUUCUGCUUUUCUUGCAUCAUAUAAUCCAAGUCGUUUAGAUGCUCAGUUUUUUUCUCAUAGUAAAGGUUCUAAGCGCCGUGGAAGGAAGCGAAAAAACACAGAGAAUCAAAAACUAGAACCAGCAAAAGGUGCGAAGAAUGGUACCAGCAGGACGAAACCCACAGCAAAAUUAUCCCAGCUAACCUUGGGACCUAAAGCAUUUGAGCUCGAGCGUCUUUUUGCUAUCUACUAUGCAAUAUGCCCAAGUGGAAGACACGUUUUGUCUGCAGAUGUCUUUAAUCAAAUCACCAGUUUGACCUCAUUGAAAAUGUUACUGCCAGCUCAUAAGGGCUCAUUACGUUCUUUGGACAGUCCAAGGUUUAAAGUCAAUGUAUCAAGAGAAUUCGUCUUCAAAGUUUCAAAAUCAGUUACUUUUCCUUUGGAAAGCUAUUUAGCGGAUGAGCCUGUUUGACAAAUCUUCCAAUACCUUAUUGUACAAAGUCAAAAAACUUACCCUGUCCUGUCCGUAUUUAUUUUUAGUCAUGCUAUUUACGAGAAUUCCGUGUUUUAAAUAUCUUGUUAAACAUAAAAUGUGGGUCUAAUUGUAUAACUACUAUUAUGAGUGUCAAUUACUAUUUAAAGGUAGCGUUAUAGAUCGAGUCUAACUGUUGAUAUCUUUUUUUUUUGAUCAUUUCUUCGACUAAAGUCAUACACGUAAAUUUACUGACGUUACUUUCUAAGACCUACCAAUAUUUGACAACAAAAAAAAAACCAAACUAGUGGCCUAGAAGAAAUUGAUAUCGGAUAAAUUUUCUCUUCGGUCUAAAAAUUUAACCACAGGAAACAAUCCAUUAGUAGUAAUUAUAUAUAGAAAAUCCAAUAAUCAAC